CACAUCUGAACUCUAAAGGCUUUGGCCUACUACAGCCAUAGACGGCCGUUGUGACUUCGUCAUUUCUCCCCACUUCAACUCUCCGAUGGCUGGCCUUUCAUAUAUUCUCCUUGUCUUCGUUCUUUGUCUUGUAACACCGGUUCUUUCACGGGUAAUCCUGGACGACUCACGAACGACGUCGCUCCACGUUCCAUCUUCUAUCCAGAAAACCCUCAGUGUGUUCAAGGCCACUUCUCAAGGAGAGAAAUCCAUUGAAGAUCAGAAACAGAGCUUUCAUUCGUCGUCUUCCUUCUCCCUCGCACUGCACCCUAGAUUGUCCGUGAGGCCAACCUCGGAGAGGGAUUACAGGGCACUCACAUUAGCUCGACUCGAGCGCGACUCGGCCCGAGUGCAAUCUCUUCAGACUCGACUAGAUCUGGCGCUUAACGGGAUUUCAAAAGCAGAUCUGGAGCCUCUGGAGUUGGAGAUGCAGGACGGGAAGCUGGAAGUGCCCAUUAUUUCCGGAACAAGCCAGGGCAGCGGCGAGUACUUCUGCCAAGUUGGAAUCGGUCACCCGCCGAGUCAGGUUUACAUGGUGCUCGAUACCGGAAGUGACGUUAACUGGCUCCAGUGCACUCCUUGCGCCGACUGUUACCGGCAAUCUAAUCCGAUUUUCGAUCCGGCGAAGUCUACUACUUACUCGCCGGUCACUUGCGAUGCCAGGCAGUGUCAAUCGCUGGAGGUCUCGGAGUGCCGGAACAACCAGUGUCUCUACCAGGUAAACUACGGAGACGGAUCUUACACCGUCGGAGACCUUGUGACGGAAUCCAUAACCUUCCGCGAGUCGUCUUCGGUGAAAAAUGUCGCGAUUGGCUGCGGACAUAGCAACAGAGGUCUCUUCGUCGGAGCCGCCGGCCUAAUCGGCCUCGGCGGCGGCGCAUUGUCAUUUCCGUCUCAGAUCAAUGUCUCCUCAUUCUCAUACUGCCUCGUGGACCGAGACUCUGACUCGUCCUCAACUCUCGAGUUCGGCUCGGUCGCUCCUCCAGACGCCGUCACUGCUCCGUUGAUCCGUAACUCGAAAAUGGACACGUUCUACUACGUUGACCUGACGGCGGUUAGCGUCGCCGGGAAUUUGAUCCGUAUUCCUCCCUCCCUGAAACUAACCGACGACGGAAACGGCGGAUUUAUCGUGGAUUCCGGUACAGCAGUGACCCGGUUGCAAACGGAUAUCUACAACGCCGUCCGAGACGAGUUCGUGAAGGGAACGCGCCACCUGAAGUCAACCAAUGGCGUUGCAUUGUUCGACACGUGUUACGAUUUGUCGAACUUAAACAGCGUAGAAGUUCCAACGGUGUCGUUUCACUUCGCGGACGUGAAUAGGUUACAGUUACCGGCGGCGAAUUAUCUGAUUCCGGUGGACUCGUCGGGGACUUAUUGCUUCGCCUUUGCUCCUUCGUCUUCCUCAAUGUCGAUCAUCGGAAACGUGCAGCAGCAGGGGACGCGUGUCAAUUUCGACCUCACCAACUCUCUCAUUGGAUUCUCUUCCCAUAAAUGUUAAGAAAAGGAUGUUUUAAUGAGUAUUUUAUCGUCUGGAUUUACUUGUUGCGCGUAGUUGGUUGGUCUGAUUUAUUGACUUGUGACAAAUGACAGAGGAUUUGUUGUUUUCGUUCUUCACGACCUUCUCAUGACCAUGAGGUCCAUGAGCAUCGUUUGACCAGUAGAUCUUAUGGAUUAGCAAAUUUGCUUUUUUAAGAUGAAAUGUUGCAUAAAUUCCCAAACUUACUCUUCA